GCGAAGUGUCAAACGAAGCCACAAAAACUUUCCCAAAAAAGAAUACAAUAAUAAUGAAGUGUUCAAUUUGUUAACGGCAACAAUCAGCUUAAAAUGUGACUAGUUAUGAUAGUGUGGUGUUGAAGCUAAAUCCAAAAUGUACUUCCCGAUCGGUUGGCCAAAAGUCAUCAAAAUACCAGAUUUAGGACAUGCAAGUGUAAGGCAAAUAACUUGCAACAGGGACAGGAUACUGUUUGCUAUACUAACGGACGAUUCGAUCGCGAUUUGGUUUUGUAAACCAUGCGUUCCAAUUGUCUUCUAUCGAAGAACCCCACAGUCCUUGGAAAAAUUCGGAACGAACAUUUUAACCGAAUGGAAGCCGGACUCCAGCAUGGUGGCAGUCGCGACGUCAGAAGGCCACUUGUUAUUGUUUAAACUAGGAGUGAUAGCUGAUAAUAAAGGUUUAUACGUCCAGACUGAUAGCCCCCAUGCGAAUUUACGUAGGGACAGCGCCGAAUUGUUCAUUAAAGAAAUAAUUCCGCCUCUGCAUCUCACUCUGCACCAAGAAAUUAUGGUGUGGGACGGUAAAAUAACAGGAAUCGUCUGUAUAACAAUGUCAGAGUUUAUGAUCUCAACGAGUGAAGGACAUGUCUUGAGGUAUUGGUGGGAUGGACAACAACAUAGAGACUAUAAUUUGGAUUUGAGGAGAAUACCUUUCUGUAUCAAUCAACAAGUGUCCAAAGCAAUCCCAAUUGUUGAAGAAAAUACGUUUAUAGUUGAUAUAGAAUAUUCGCCACUAGUUGGCGGUUUUUCAAUUGUUUUAAAUGACGGAAGAGCGGCGUUUUUAACAGCCUCCUCUCUCAAAUUUGAUCCCAAUCAAGUCCAAGGAAUAUGGGCCCAGAACAUCGAAGACGCAACUUGCACCGUUAUGAACCACAAAUACCGAUUAAUAACUUUUGGUCGAGCCAAUUCCGAAUGCAUUGUAUAUUACGUUGACGAAAGCACAGGUGGUUUGGAAGUGUCUCACAAUUGUGUUUUGAGUAGUAAAGAUUAUCCUGGUGAUCCUGGAGCUGUAGCUCAAGUAUUGUGGACUCCAGAUGGUUGUGCAUUGGUUGCUGCAUGGGAAAAAGGGGGUAUUGCAAUGUGGUCAACUUUUGGAUCACUUUUAAUGUGUUCUUUGGGUUGGGAUUAUGGGUUAAAUAUCGAUCUCCAGACAAAUAAUCCCUUACAAAUUAAAUCAAUGCAGUUCGCGACGGAAGGAUAUCAGUUAUGGAUGGUACAUAAGGAGGCCAAAGAUGGGGAAGUUAAUAGUAAUGGGACAUGUACGAAUUUGUUGCAGUUGGAUUUUAUGAAAAGUGCCCUAACUAUCAAUCCAUGUAUGAGCCACCAGAGCCACUUGUACCUUCAAGGCGAGGACAAACUCUACGUAAACUCUGCCGACACUUUGAUCAAAAUGUUUUCGGAGCGCUCUACCAAAGACGAGGGCGUUUUCAACGAAUCGCUCUCAAUGCCCUCCACUCUGGCCGAAGGCAGACAAUGGCUUGUGAUUCCCGUUCCUUCCACAUACUCGGCAACGAAUUGGCCGAUUCGAUAUUCGGCGAUAGAUUCAGACGGUCAAAACAUGGCAAUCGCCGGUCGCACUGGCCUUGCCCACUAUUCCAUGCAAACACGCCGAUGGAAACUAUUCGGUAACGAAACACAAGAGAAGGAUUUUAUCGUAGUUGGGGGUUUGUUAUGGUGGCGGGAUUACCUGGUAAUGGGCUGCUACAGCAUUUUGGAAAAUUCGGACGAGUUACGGUUUUAUCCAAGAGACGCAAAGUUGGAUAAUAAAUUUGCGAAAAUUGUGACUGUGUUAUCGCCGAUUCUCCUCAUGAAUAUCCUACAGGAUCAGUUGAUUACGUUCGGAUCGGAUGCACAAGUCACGAUAUGGGCUCUUAAACAUAACCCGACUGUCGGAAACGUUGAAGUUUUUAAAGUCCAAGUCGUGGAUAUAUCAGCGUUGGCUGUGCAUCCUGCUUGUAUCGUUUCGGUGACUUUGUCGUCUUUGCGGACCGAAACGGGCCGAGGCCAACCGAAUAAUUCCGAAAGUAUUGUUCUUAACGUAAGUGGUAGACUUUUGAUGGUACAAAGAGAAGUGAGGAAUGGGGAACGUUAUACGUGUUCUAUGCCGACUGUUCUUGCCAGUUGUGUGGAAAAUGUCUGGGUGCCCAGUCGGAGAAAGGCCGAGAAGGCUCAUUUAACCGAAGCUUUAUGGUUGUUUUGUGGGGCGCAUGGUAUGAGGGUUUGGUUGCCUCUCUAUCCGAAAGAUGGCGAUAAGACGCAUACUUUUAUGUCGAAGAGGAUUAUGCUACCGUUCCAUCUUAAAAUAUAUCCGUUAGCAAUUCUCUUUGAAGACGCAAUAAUUUUGGGAGCCGAGAAUGACACAGUCCUGUAUACGUCCGAUUCAAAUUCGCCGUUUUCUCUACCGUUUAGUGUAUUACAACGUACUAGUCAGGUGUACCUUCAUCAAAUCUUACGUCAAUUAAUCCGAAGAAACCUCGGUUAUCACGCGUGGGAAAUAGCUCGAAGCUGCAUGAGUUUGCCUUAUUUUCCCCAUUCGUUAGAGCUGUUGUUACACGAGGUGUUGGAGGAGGAGGCCACCAGUAAGGAACCAAUUCCCGAUGCUCAAUUACCAAGCGUGAUAGAAUUUAUUAUGGAAUUUCCCGUCUAUUUACAGACGGUAGUGCAAUGUGCCCGAAAGACUGAAAUCGCUCUAUGGCCGUAUCUUUUUUCGGCCGCCGGCAAACCGAAAGAUCUUUUUCAAGAAUGCAUGGCCAAGAGACAACUCGAUACGGCCGCUUCCUACCUCAUUAUUUUGCAAAAUUUGGAAACUUCCUCUGUUAGUAGACAGUACGCCACGUUGUUGCUGAAUACGGCCCUGGAUCAGUCCAAGUGGGAGCUCGCCAAGGAUCUAGUUCGCUUCCUGAGAGCCAUCGACCCAAACGACGUUGAAUCUCCUCGGACGUCCUUCAUCCUGCCCCCCAAGCUGGGAAUCUCCCAACAAACACCGCCCGUGAGCCCCAACGCUGAAGACCUCUCCCUAAUUCUGGGCAAUGUGCAAGGCCCCCGUGUCCGCAGCUACAGCACGACAAUAUCCCCCAAACUAGUCGAAAACAGGCCCAAUAACCCGACCAACCAUCCGAUUGAAUCACCACAAACAGCCCGGAAAAAAUCCGUACCAAACACAGUUGGUCGCAACUCCCCGAAUAACAACACAGCCGAGGAGUUUUUCAUCGAUGUUAUUUUACAAAAACACGCUCGCAGGUUACUUUCAACCCGCCGUUUAACCGAUCUUGGCUACUUUGCCGCGCAUUUGGAUUUCCAUCUGGUGGCUUGGUUGGGCAAAGAGCGCGAUCGUGCUGCGAGAAUUGACGAUUUCGUCCAGGCCUUGAAGCACCUCCAUGAGGAGUUCCAAUGGCCUUAUCCAACCCCAAGUGCGUUCUCUCCACCAAACACUGGAUGCGACCUUGAAGACCGUCUCAAAUUACUAAAAAUCGACGUAACGCAUCCAGCGUCCAGAGUGGGGGAUAGCGGUUAUAUGAGUUUUCAAGGGGUGCCUUGCACGGGGCUAAUCACCCCGAUUAACACCCUGGACUCGGAGACGGAGCUCGAUGAUUUGUCGCAAAGCGAGACGAAUAAAAUCGACGAUAAGGGUGAUUUAGCCACGAGUUCGACUUUUUACGAUAAGAGGAUUGAUUUGGCUCAGGUUGGUGGAAGGGUUGAUGAUGCGGCAAUGAGUUCGGUUAGUUCGGUCUGGGGUGAGGAUAGGAUUGAGUCGAGUAAUGAUAAUUGGGAGGUGCCCUCAACACAAAUUUUGGAACAGUUGUCCAAUACGGAUAAUAAAGGGUCACAGAGGUCUGAAGUUCAGUUGAGGUAUUUGCUGCAAUUGUUUAUGGAAGCGAGUUGUUUGGAAUGGUCGUUGAUUAUUUCGGUGCUUUUGAGGGAUGCGAUGGCUGUUUUGAGGACAGUGAAUGCGGCCAAAAGUCCAGAUCAGUCGAUUGAGGCGGUGUCGAGGCUGAGGCAAGGGUUGCUGCUGCUGCAGUAUUGGACAAACACUGAAUGUUUGGGCUACAAAGCCUUCAUGUUGGCAAUACAAAAUCAAAUAUCCGUCCUUUCGAAAAUCCUCGAGACAAAAAUCCAACAUCAGAAGAUAGUGGAGUACCAGCAGGCAGUGUCUGCGUCACUCAAUAAACUCUCAACGCCAAUUCCGGCCCGAUCUCGUAAAACCAGCUCGAAUCACGAUAAUUCUAGUCAAAGUGGUUCGGUCAAAGAAAAGAAAAACAUCAACAUAACCACCAGUCACAGCACAACCGACAAACUCAACGAAAUGAACCCGAUAAAUUCCAGUAGCUGCGCCAAAACAAUAAAUCAGGAGAAUAAUAAUCAAGUGGAAGAUGCAAUCAUUCCGGAAAGCACCGGCUGCGUUAUAUCAUAGGUUUUUUACGAAAUAAAUUUUUGGGUGUACUAUUUGUGGACACUCGGAACUGCCUAAAAAUGCGAUCUAAUCCGUCUUAGAAGUGAUAGGUACGUAACAAAUGUUGUUGCACUUUUUUGUUUUACGUAAAAAUGAAACCGUUUUCAAUUGUGUUGUGCCUCGCAUUUAUGAAACGUCGUGCAUUCCGCUGAAAGAAAUAUUUUUGCAAACGAUAUUACCGUAUGAGUUUUUCAGCAAUAACACUAGUUAUUCGUAGCAAUUCGGUCCGAACAAUCGACUUGGGUGAUAAGGUGUUGAAUUAUUAAUGUUGUAGGUUUUAAAAUCUGUUUCUAAUAAUAUUGUUGGUCAAUUUUUAUACAAUAAUCGUAGACUGUCGUCUUAUUAAUACUCCACUAUAUUGUUGUAUAAUUUAUUACUUUUUUCAACAGUUUUAUUUUGUAACAUACUAAAAAUAAAUAACAGUUUUAUUCCGUUAA